ACGAAGGUGCAAGAGAUGAAGCGGGUGGUGGAGGCGGAGAGGGCGGAGAAGGCCCGGCAGGAGUCGCUGGAGAGGGCGAGCCUCCUCCGCAAGCUCGAGGGCCAGGACCGGCUCGUCGCCAAGCUUAAAGACGCAAUGAACGAAGCGCAGUCGGAGUUGUACGAGAUGAAGUCGAAGGACGAGGAGCGAUCACGAGCCCAGUGA